AUGGAAGAUGCUGGCGCUUCUCCACACUCUCCACCACAGAUUGGAGAUGACAACACCUACCCGAUCACGAUAACAACACGAGACUUAAACUCAACUACUUCGCCCUCCAUCGAUACGGACUUCCCUCUCCUCGCCCAUGAUGUCAUCCGUCUGAUUCAAUGCUCGCGAUGCUCGCGACCCCUUCGCGCCCCGAUUCGGUUACCAUGCGGAAAUACACUGUGUCGGACUUGUCUUCCACCUACUCGAGCACGGAAGGGGAUAAGCUAUCCUGGGGGCGAGGCGCGGUUGCAGGGCUUUACAUGCUCGUGGGGAAAGUGUGCUGUAGAGCACUGCGUGGAAGAUUGUGGUGCCGAUGUCUUGAUGACGAAAUUGGUUGAUGUGUUUGCGGAGGUUCUUGAGAAUGACACCGAUAACAUUACUGAAGAAAGGGACGGAUGGCCCAGGCUGGUCUGGGACGAUUAUCGAGAUGGGUACUUGGAAGUUAAAAGCGCAGAUCUAAGGCGAGGAUUACUGCGAGGUAUUUACGAUUUGACGAAACAUGGCACGCUUGAUUACGACGCAUCGGAGGUCUCUUACGAAGAUAAAAGGGCAGGGCGGCAGUCGCACGAAUAUGACAGUAAUGAACAACAUAUCCUCGCAAAAUUAAAAGAAGCCGUACGGAACGAGUUGGACUGUCAUGUCUGCUACUCGCUGAUCGUGGAUCCAUUGACGACUCCUUGUGGACAUACCUUCUGUCGAAGUUGUGUUGCGAUGGUUUUGAAGCAUACUGACCUCUGUCCUACUUGCCGACGAAAGCUGAACAUGCCGUCGGCGGUACAGUCUCAGCCAUUAAACAUAAGGAUAGCCAACCUUACGGAGAGGCUGUUCCCGGAUCAGGUUGCAGAACGAAUAGAGACCCUGGCUCAGGACGGGUCAAGUCUAGACGAUGAGAAGACUCUUCCCUUGUUCGUUGGCUCACUUUCAUUCCCGAAUAUGCCAACUUUUUUGCAUAUUUAUGAGCCUCGAUACCGCCUCAUGAUACGGAGAGUCAUGCAGAAUCGCGAAUAUAAAUUCGGAAUGGUCACGUUUAACCGUACUCGACGAUCCCAGGGUGAUCUGGGGAGGACACAGUUCAUGCAGUAUGGUACUGUCUUGUUAGUUGACCGUUUUGAGAUGCUUCCAGAUGGAAGAAGUCUUGUUAUAGCCACAGGUGUGUCACGGUUCAGAGUGACCAAAUCCGACGUUGUGGACGGCUAUCAUGUUGGUAAAACGGAACGUGUUGAUGAUAUCUCGAUCUCAGAAGAGGAACGGAUCGAGGCUAUGGAGACGUCAGCCACUGUCGAUCUAUCCUCGUCUGGAGUUAACUUCGCAGAGAUGUCAUUAGAAUCCAUGUCCACGCAACAGUUGCUGAAUCUUGGACUGGACUUUGUGCAAAAACAGCGCAAUGAGAAGGCGCCAUGGCUUCAUCCACGUGUAUUGAUGGCGUACGGGGAUACACCGACCGAUCCAGUUAAGUUUCCUUGGUGGUUUGCCAGCGUCCUUCCUGUCUCGGACGAUGAGAAGUAUGCACUCUUGUCUGCAACCAGCGUACGGGAGAGGUUGAAGAUCACCGCACGGUGGAUCAGGAAGUUGGAGGCCAGAGAAUGGUCGACGCGGCCCUCUUUUUUGUCUCUCUUAUGA